AUGGCGAACCCCCUACAAAAGCUUAACGUUGGAGUUGUAGGGCUGGGCCGGAUGGGCCAGCGACAUGCUCUAAACGUUCUACAUCGGAUCCCCAGGGCUCGCCUCUACAGCGUCUGCUCACCAGCUCCACAUGAAUUAGAAUGGGCCAAAAAUAACCUGGAGCCAGAAGGGGUCAAGGUGUUUGCAGACUUUGACGACAUGAUCAACACACCAGGUUUAGACGCGAUAAUUGUUGCUUCUCUUACGGAGUUACAUAUUGAACACACUCUUGCUGCGGUCCAACGGGGAAUCUACGUGUUGUGCGAGAAACCACUAACGAAAGACCUAUCAAAACUCGGUCAGUUGAUGCAAGACCCGAGAAAUGAAGCAGGUUCAAAAAUCAUGGUUGGAUUUGUCCGUCGAUUUGACGAACAAUACCAAGAAGCUCUGAAAAGCAUCCGGAAAGGAACGAUUGGCACACCGAUGAUUCUCCGUUCUCAGGGAGCAGAAAAGCUAGACAAGAGCGGGUUUUUCAUCGAAUACGCUCGCCAUAGCGGAGGUAUUUUCGUUGAUACCGUAAUCCAUGACAUCGACUUGACACUUUCGUUUUUGGGGGAAGAUUGUAAGCCCAAGGCACUUUGGGCAACAGGACUUAUUGCUCAUCACCAUGAGAUGAGCGAGUUCAACGACGUCGAUAAUGCUGUGGGUGUGGUUGAAUUCUGGGGAGGCAAGAUUGCAUAUUAUUAUCAUUCGCGCACCACGUUCCAUGGUUAUGACAACUGCACAGAGAUUAUAGGUAGCAACGGCAAGAUAUCCAUUAAUCUGAUCCCACAUGCCAAUCGGAUUCAAGUGUCAAAUCUUGCAGGCAUUCAGCAGGAUGCUACCCCAGGCUGGAUUGAACGGUACCAGGGUGCCUUUGUUACGGAACUGGACGAGUUUGUUUCUGCAAUUUUGGACGGGAAGGAGCUACCCCUGAAGUUGUCCUCAGCGUACACGGGGAUGAAAUUGGCAUUCGCACUUCAGGAGAGCUUGGUCACCGGGAAGAAGAUUGAAUUUGACGAAAAUGGCGCUCGGAAACCCGAGGGUUUGAAGUCUUUGCUAUAG